CUCGGCAGUGGUGGUCUGGGAAUGGCUGAACGAGCACGGCCGCUGGCGUCCCUACAGCCCGGCGGUGAGCCACCACAUCGAGGCGGUGGUCCGUGCCGGUCCCCGCGCCGGGGGCAGCGUGGUGCUGGGCCAGGUGGACAGCCGUCUAGCGCCCUACAUCAUCGAUCUGCAGUCCAUGAACCAGUUCCGCCAAGACACGGGGACCCUCCGCCCAGUUCGCCGCCACUACUACGACCCAUCCUCAGCCCCCGGGAAGGGCGUGGUGUGGGAGUGGGAGAAUGACAACGGUUCCUGGACGCCCUAUGACAUGGAGGUGGGCAUCACCAUCCAGCACGCCUACGAGAAGCAGCACCCCUGGAUCGACCUCACGUCCAUCGGCUUCAGCUACGUCAUUGACUUCAGCACCAUGGGCCAGAUCAACCGGCAGACCCAGCGCCAGCGCCGGGUCCGCCGACGUCUCGACCUCAUCUACCCUAUGGUCACCGGCACCCUGCCGAAGACUCAGUCCUGGCCGGCCAGCCCUGGGACGGCCACCUCGCCCCCGGCACCACCCUGCUCCUGUCCGCAGUGUGUCUUGGUGAUGAGCGUCAAGGCGGCCGUGGUCAACGGGAGCCACGGGCCCCUGCAGCCCACAGCCACCCGCAAGAAUGUGCCCCCCUCUGGAAUGGUCAAGCUGCCCCCACCACCAGGCCCUGGGGCCAAGCCACUGGACAGUACCGGCACCAUUCGAGGCCCAGUGAAGACCGCCCCAUCGCAGACGAUCCGGCGACAAGCCUCUGGCACACCAGCUGGGGCAACUGCAGGCUCUCCUGCCAGCCCCCCAGGAGCCAACAGCAAGACCGGGAGGGUGGCCCUGGCUACCUUGAAUCGAACCAACCUGCAGCGACUGGCCAUCGCCCAGUCCCGGGUGCUGAUCGCCUCCGGGGUCCCCACUGUCCCAGUGAAAAACUUAAAUGGUUCCAGUCCCGUCAACCCUGCCUUGGCUGGAAUCACAGGGAUCCUCAUGAGCGCAGCUGGAUUGCCUGUAUGUCUCACCAGGCCGCCAAAGCUGGUCCUGCACCCACCUCCCGUCAGCAAGAGCGAAAUCAAGUCCAUUCCUGGGGUUUCCAACACGAGCCGCAAGACCACCAAAAAACAAGCCAGGAAAGGUAAAACGCCAGAGGAAGUGCUGAAGAAGUAUCUGCAGAAGGUCCGGCACCCGCCAGAGGAGGACUGCACCAUCUGCAUGGAGCGCCUCACCGCUCCCUCGGGCUACAAGGGCCCACAGCCCACGGUCAAGCCUGACCUGGUAGGAAAGCUGUCCAGGUGUGGCCACAUCUACCACAUCUACUGCCUGGUCGCCAUGUACAACAAUGGGAACAAGGACGGGAGUCUGCAGUGCCCAACCUGUAAGACCAUUUAUGGGGUGAAGACAGGCACCCAGCCUCCAGGGAAGAUGGAGUACCACCUCAUCCCCCACUCCUUGCCUGGCCACCCAGACUGCAAAACCAUCCGGAUUAUCUACAGCAUCCCCCCGGGCAUUCAGGGGCCAGAACACCCAAACCCUGGCAAGAGUUUCAGCGCCCGUGGCUUCCCACGACACUGUUACCUUCCAGACAGCGAGAAAGGGAGAAAAGUUCUCAAGUUGCUCCUCGUGGCCUGGGAUCGCCGUCUCAUCUUUGCCAUCGGUACCUCCAGCACCACGGGCGAGUCUGACACGGUCAUCUGGAAUGAGGUGCACCACAAGACAGAGUUUGGCUCUAAUCUCACCGGCCAUGGCUACCCGGAUGCCAAUUACCUGGAUAACGUGCUGGCCGAACUGGCUGCCCAGGGCAUCUCUGAGGACAGCACUGCCCAGGAGAAAGACUGAGGCUGGAGAGGCGUGGGGGUGGGAGGGGCUGUGGGGCCACAGGGCAGGAACAGGGAGAGUCCGGGUGGAAGUUGAUGCCAGGCCCUCCCUACUCCCUCAUCCUCCCUCACCCUGCCUCUAUCCGCCAUCCCACCGCGACUGGGAGGGGAGGCAGAUUGCAUAAGGUGACAUGAUUCAUAAACCUCAUCCGACAAAAGGGGACAUGGGGUGAUGGCCAUCCUGGGUCUGUUCCUGUGGAGUUUUCGGUGCUGGGUAGGCAAGAAUCCCCACCCCCUCCAUCCCUCAAGUGGGGGGCACGGUCAGCACACUCGGGUGUGGACAGUGCGUGGCGCUGCACACCCUGCCUUGUGAAGCUGAGGUCUCUGGCCUCCGCUGGCUUCUAGCUGCUUCCACUCUGCUUUGAGAGCGGAGUUUCCGCUUUUCUCUCCUCCACUGAGGCAGAGAGCUCUCACUGUGCAAGGUGGGUGGGGGGCACCAAGGGGUGGACCGCGAAACUGCUGUGACAUCAGAUCCUGGAUGCCUUGGUGUGGGGCGAGCAAGUGCUUCUUGCUGACAGGGUCAGGGAGGCAGACGCCCCUGGGAGCGGGUUCAGCUCUCUCCAUCGUCCUCUGGGCUUCUCUGGGCCCUCUCUUCCCCCUCACACCUGUGACCUGUCCAAAGAGGCAUCGGGUUCUUUUGCAUGGAUGGAUGGACUCUGGGAUUCUUCUCUGGGCUGGCAUCCUGUGAUGCCGUUUCCAGCCCCUCUCUGAUCAAACCAGAGCCUGCGUCCCACUGGGCAUCUGCACUGUCCUCAGGGAGAGGAGCCCACAGCCUUCUGCCCAACUCAUUCCAGACCAGCUCAAAGAUUCCACGAGUUUCAUGGAUUCACUGUGAGUGGGGCCCAUGCUGGGCCCUGUGCCGUCUGUGUACGAGCCUAUGUGUGUGUGGGUGUGUGCGUGUCAUGGGCCGCGUUGGUGGACAGUCCAUCCCAUCAUGACCCUGAAAUCUAUUUUGCAAGAUGCCAAACCCUAGUUCUGAGGGAUGAAACUGCCAGGGUGUGGUCCCUGGACUUUCCUCUUCUUGCCAAUCCAUCUCAUGAUAAACGUGCAACCUGAUGGAGGUAGAAUUGUGCUUAGGGGGAUGUGUGGAGGUGAGACCUGGACCCACACCUUUUUCUAUUUCUGUUCAAGACGGAAUCAGAGCCAACCUCCGUCCAAUCUUGUUUUUAUGAGGGUUUCAAUCUGUACCCGUGCAAAUUUGCUAGGUAAGCCUAGAGAUGGUGCUGGGCCCCUCAUCUGUCCCACAGAUGGACCUCCAACAUGGUAAAAGCCUCUAGUUCAUUCCUAACAGGGUUGGGACCACAUUAUGUUCUGGUCCGAAGUGCAUCUGGGUUGUAUCCCAAGACCCUGUCUCUCUCCCCUCAACAUCCUCUUGCCUUUGGCUCCAAUAAUGGAUUGAGGAUCGGGGAGAACAGGGCUUCUCAAGAAGGGAAACCCAAUUCUCCCUUUUGAAAGUGGGUUCUUUGAACUAUGUGUUUGGGGGAAGUUCCUCUGGAUACUAAUUUGAAUUUAUAUACCUCAUGUUUUGGGGGUUUGACGUAUACAUAUAUAUGCAUAUAUAUAUUUCAUAAAAUUAGGAAGGUUUUUGAUGCUGGAAAAAAAAAUGAAACAAAAGAACCUUCCACAGUGGUACUUAAGUUAGAACUGGAGGCCAAGGUUUCAUAACAGCAGCUCUGCAGCUGCUUGCUGUUAGUCCUGCAGCCACUUUGACAUAAGUGUGACGAGUGGAUUCACCUGUCACCAGUUCCUUGGGACUUACUGGUGCUGAGUCUUUCUUUACUCCCAUUUGGCUACAGGGACCAUAAUUGGCCACAUCAGAGGGAGCUCUGAGAGGAGGAAUUAUUCCUGCCACCCUUAAUCCAGUCUCCCCCAGCAGUGGGAAGCUAUAUUGCAGAUGAAAAGACUGGUCCUGAGUUCACUGCCCCUGGGGCAUAAGUUCCUACCACAGUCAGGAAGGAAACAUUAGAACCAAAUGACAGAGAUGUCCCUGCAGAGUGUAAUGUCACACUGCCAAGUCAUCACAUGCCAGAGAUCAUCCUCUGGGCUUCUCUGGGCCCUCUCUUCCCCCUCACACCUGUGACCUGUCCAAAGAGGCAUCGGGUUCUUUUGCAUGGAUGGAUGGAACUCGGGGAUUCUUCUCUGGGGUAGCGUCCUGUGAUGCUGUUUCCAGCCCCCGUAAGCGUCCUACCAUUGCCCUUGUCCAGUAUCUUCUGGGCUUCUAGGCCACAGGGAUGAGGAACAAGACCCAGGGCCUGUGUGUAGGAAAAUUCAGGAAGCUCGAGUGGAAAAGAAACGCAGACCUGCUCCGACAACUGGAAAUGGGCAGCGGGGCGACCCUUCAUCAGGCAGAAGGACAAGGACUGGAGAUGAUAUAUAAGGGAGUCAGGAGGCAGUGGCAAUACCGAUUGGAGAGGGGGUCUUCAUGCCUUCAAGCCCCCCACCCCCACCCCACCCCACCCCAGGUCUUGGAUGUGUUUGUGCCCCAUUUCUCGUCCUCUCUGAGGAUGCUCGGUAGGGGCUACCUCACCCUCAAGCUGCUCUUCUUGUGGAGCUUUCUGGGCAGAAAGGAUCUUGGAUUUCCUUUCUAACACUGUGCUAGGCAAGGCGGUGGGGGGUGGGCACUCCCUUGCCCCUUAUCUUGUGCCAACGUGGGAAGGCAGAGUCUUGGUUUCCGAGAGAAGCCUGCCAGCAGAGCCCUGUGUGCCCACUACUGGGAAGCAGGGUGUUUCCCGCUAGAAUCCCGACUGUGCGCUCUGGGCCCAAGCAGGGGCUCUCGGGCUGUUCUUUUCAUGGGCUUAGCACCAGCCCCAGAGUCUCCAGGGAUGACCCACGGGAUCAGAGACAGACCUUCUCAGAUGCUCAUCCUUUAAAAGGUUAUGUGGUGUGUACGUGGUGGCGUGUGCCUUUGUGUUUUCAUUCCCUUCCCCCUUUUUGUAAAAACUGAACAUGUCUGUGGUUUUAUACUUGGUCAAAAGUGCUCGUCCUGGUAUGGCACUAUUGUGUGCAUGAGAGGACCGGGGGAAGGCCUCUGCGGUGCAAGAAAGGCCCCCGGCCCCGUUUCCUUGUCUGUGAUCCCUGGCAUUUGAGUGGGGGGGUUCUGGAAGAGACAGGUGAAUGUCCAAAUGUGAUUGUCGCGUGUGUACACUGCUGUGUUUUGAAGUUCUUUGGUAUUACUCUGAGAGGACAUCGCCACCUGGUGCUCAUGAGGUGUAUGUGCAGAAGAAUAAAUGGCAAAUGAACAACCACAAACAGUUGUUCCUGGGAGCCUUCUGCUUUUUGCCAGACUAGUGCACCUGGGAAGCAUCUGGGUUACUUCCUCGGUCUGUAACCAACCACAAACCCUUCCACAAGAUAAGGGGAAAGUCUCUUUUCUCUAAUUUUCUUUGUCCACUUCUUUUCUUUUCUCUAAUUUUCUUUGUCCACUUCUUUUCUACCCACACAUUUGACCUGACUUGACUCCUUGCUCCCCCAGAGAAACAGACCACAUGGCAAGGGAAAUGGGAAGGUGAACCGUGUGGGAGAAAGGUCAUCUUUGAAAUCAUGAAUGUUGACUUCUUAAAUGUCCCUCCACCUGACUACAAUACAGUGUGUGUUUUAAUCAUUUCUAGACUGCCGUUUUUCAAAUAAAUGUGUACUAUUAAUCAUUCCACUAUUGAUAAGAACACAAAAAUAAAAUGCAGAUGCAGAACCACCAAUGUCACCAAAA